GUUUGUGUACGUCGCCAUCUUGACAUGGCCGACACAAGCACCUGCUGAAGCAAGAUUGAGCGAGGCAGAUCAGAGUGCUGCAACUAAGAAACGAACUAACCUCUUUUAUGAUGUGAAAUAUUUACAGACAACGUGUGCAAUAGUGACGAUGGCGUGGUUGGCGAAGCGUCCUGAGACCCCCCAGAGUGGGGUGCUGCUGCAGACAGAAUACAACAUUCAGCAUCGCUCUGAUCUCCUCAUGGAGGAACAUAUCCUGAAUGUGAGGGCCACGCAGGAAGAUCUGAGGAGAGCUCUGGUGGAUCUGGAAAAUGCCAAGAUCUCAGACGAUCUGCUGGCACAAAAGGAAGUUGUACAGGAAAUUCACAACAAGUCGGAGCAACUUACUGUGGCAUUACAGGUGAUGCAGAAACUAAACCAGGAAGUGGCUUAUGCCCGCACUGACCUCGACAAUGCCCUCUACAAUGGCCACGGUGACAUCAACGCUGCCAGGAAGCGGGUCAUCUGGCUUGAGGACAAGAUGGGGGCGCUGUGCGGGAAGCAGAGGCUCAAGAGUCAACCCCUCCUGGCCCUGACAGAGCUGCCCUCACCGAGUGACGCGGGGGAUCGGGACAGCGACGACUCAGAGAGGCCACAGAUGAGUGAUGCUGGCUCUGACCAGAUGGACGGCCAUCCACUGAGUGUCUUCAACCUGCACCAUCACGACAUCACUCUCAGACCCUUUAGAACACGGUAUGGGCAGAGUGCCUCAUCUGAAGCAGGGUCACUGACGGCAGCUCUGAAGCGAGCCAAGGCUCUCCGGGAGGUGGAGCGGCGGAAGAUGGAGAUCAUACGACAAGCCACCCCCGAGCCUCUCUACAAACAUAAGCCAAUCAUAUUUGCUGAGAGCGAGGAGUCAUCAACAGAGGAAUCAUCUGAUGAGGAGCAGAGCGAAGAUGAGGCAUCCCAGCCUGAUAGUGAGGGGGGUGCCUCCAACAGCCAGGCCAGUGACCUUCACUCAGACAAGGGGGGGGAUUCGAACAGCCAGGCCAGUGACCAACAUUGUGCAUCAUCACCAACUGAGGCUGUGCCAAAAGUGGAACAGAUGCCGACCUUCCUCACUGAGGUGUCCACUCCAAAAAGCAAGGUCACCAUAGCAACCCUGCAUGAUGAGGGCGAGAAGCCCCUGACAGGCGAGGCACAGCCAGGUCACAGCCAGGAUAUGGCACAGGAGUACUGGAACUCGGAACAUCACAGGUUCGAACUGAGCGAGUUUGCGGAGGUGAUGAGGGAUGUGGAUCCACUCUCCUACCACAACGUGGGUCUGGCUGUACCAGGAACAUUCAUUGACAAAGAGGAUUCUGAAUUUGAGGAAUUGCCAUGGCGCCCCCACCGGAAGGGCAGCGAUAUAAAGGACGUCCAUCGCGUUGCCCUGGACAAACUGGCGACACGGAUCCAUGGAAUGCAGGACAAGAUGUACAGUGCCGCCAUGUUGUCUGUCAACCCGACACGCAGAAAGGCUGACGUGCCUAGGGAGGUCAGCUUCCUUCAGAGUCUGGACAGUCGAUUGUCCAGCAAAGGUGCUCCCCGAAACAAGGCAUCCUCGGACCUCACAGCUGCCGAAUCCCCACACCCGCAGACCGUCGACACGGUCAUCCUUCCGAGAAUUGAGGAGAAACGUCUCGGGACGUCACUGUCUGGUCGUCUGGUGUACUACCCCAAGCCCAUCCCACCGCCGGACGUGCUGCCCAUCACACGAACCAACCAGAACAAGGUGUACCCAAAACUGACGGAUCUGUACGUUGACCCUGACACGUGUCAGAAAGAGCCAGCCCAGCGAUUGGUUGACCAGCACAACCUGAUGGAGGAGACCAAGCUGGUGUUGUACCAUGAGAAGCCCAAGCCUAAACCCAGCGGCCCCAGUAUACACGAGCGGCGGUUCCGGAGAAUGUUGGAGCGAGACAAGACGGCUAGCAGCAAGACCUCUGCUCCGUUCAUAAUCCAUGUUGAAGGGGAUCAGUUCAGAAAGAAGCUGAAACAGACAUUUUCGAUGGCAAAAGCCAUGGCCAAGCUGCAAGGAGAACGCAAAGACUCUGAAGACUCAGCCAUCAGCCAGUGGGGCCAGAUGAAGCCCAAGUCUCGGGGCAAGCAGUACUCCGGACUCCGGUGGGAGAGGGUGAAGACAAUCGUCCACAGCAACCUGGUCUCCCCCCGGGCCGAGGAGAGGAGGGAUGCUGCCAAGCAACUGGGGAUGCUGCGGUGUGGAGACACGAUGGUCUUCUAUGCCCUGAAGGAGAGACUCCACAAGGACGAGGACCAGCGAGUCCAAUAUGAGAGUGCCAAGUCUCUCAUCCUCAUUGGCUGCUGGGAGGAUGAGAUCCUGCAGGUGCUGCUCAAGUACCUGGCUAUCGGCAACACCGAGAUCCGACAGGACCUCAUCAAGACCAUGAUCAACGGGAAAAACGUGCAGUAUGUAGACAAGAACAUGCCAACCUUUCCUGAGCUGGUGAAGAUCUUGAGCCACUUCUGUCGGAACCCUGACCCCGAGGAUCCGAUAUCAUUUGAGGCGGCGGUGCUGCUGGGGCGGUUGUGUGUGGCUGAUGCCAACGGCAAGGAGAAGUUGAAGAAGGCGCUGACCGAGUCCACCGAUUCCCACAUCAAGUCCAAGGCAGUGGAGAUCCUGGUGAAGCAACUGAACUGCACCGACAGCAGCGUCAUCACCAGCGUACAGGACAUCCUCGCAACAUCCAUCGUCUGGAAGCACCGGGAACUGGCAGCCAAGCUCCUUAUCUCCCUUGGCCCUGGGCACCCGUGUGUGAGGGACGACUAUGAGAAGAUUUAUCUGUUGCUGGAGCGACGUCUGUGGGACGACCCGAGCAAGGAGGUGCGGACAGCGGCGGCCAAGGCGUUGACUGCUCUACGGAUGUUUGCCCGGGCCUGUGAGACCAUCGAGAAACGUCUGGAGGACCCUGAAGAGGAGGCAAGGGCAGAGGCAGCCAUUGCUGUGGGUACUCUGGGUAUGAAGAGCGAAAAGUUGACCCGACUCAUGCUGGAGAUGCUGGAGCUGGACUCAAGCGAUUAUGUCCGCCUCAUGAUUGUGAGGUCAUUUGCUGCUCUGCGACUGAUUGACCGGCGAGUGUUACGGACACUGCGAGAGCGGGAGAAGCAGGAGGGACCUCUUGCCAGGAUCCCACGGGACAUUAUAAAGAGAGUCAAAGAAGACCUUAAGAGUUCUUGAAGGGAUAAUGUCAACAGGCUCUCGAUCUGCUACUCCAAAGAUGCUGACCCCCAAUAAUCACCACAGGAGGAUCCCCAAGCUGACUGUGUAGCAACUUGUGACCCCAAUACUCCACCCCCAACCCCUCUGUAGAGGAAGAUCCCCAAGGUGACUCUGUAGCAACUUGUGACCCCAAUACUCCACCCCCAACCCCUCUGUAGAGGAAGAUGCCCAAGCUGACUGUGUAGCAACUUGUGACCCCAAUACUCAACCACCCCCCUCCCCCCCACCCCUCCCUCUCUCUCUCUCACACACACACACACACACACACACAGGAGGAUAGCCAAGCUGACCGUGUAGCAACUUGUGACCCCCAAUAAUCUGCCCCCACCCACCCCCACAGAGGAAGAUCCCCAAGCAACUUGUGACCCCCACCCCACAUAUGUUACCCCCAAAACUCUCCGCCUCAUACACACAUUACCCCCAAUACUCACCCACCACCCACACAUGUGACCCCCACCCCCCACUCACGCAUGUGACCUCCAGCAUGUUCCCUGACAUCUGAAAUGACAACAGAUCUACAGUCUGCCAAAUAUACCUGGAUAACUGGUGUGACCAUGGCCACUGGUUUAACAUUGCCAUUAUUACUUCCGAUACCUGGAUAACUGGUGUGACCAUGGCCACUGGUUUAACAUUGCCAUUAUUACUUCCGAUACCUAGAUAACUGGUGUGACCAUGGCCACUGGUUUAACAUUGCCAUUAUUACUUCCGAUACCUAGAUAACUGGUGUGACCAUGGCCACUGGUUUAACAUUGCCAUUAUUACUUCCGAUACCUAGAUAACUGGUGUGACCAUGGCCACUGGUUUAACAUUGCCAUUAUUUCUUCCGAUACCUGGACAUCAUCUCCAUCCUCCUCACAGCCAGGGUAUAGAUGCAGAUGAGGAACACACCUGUUUCUGUUCGUUGAGAGAGAAACAUUGCUUGAUUUGUUGCAUGGUUCCAGGAUAUUUCUACAAACAGAUUGUUGAUUGUUGGACAACUUAUUGUACAUGCUAUGACGUCCGCUUGCUGUGAUAUUUAACAUUCUACAGAUAUAUAAUUAUCUCUACAUUCUACCCCAGUUAUGAUUUGUACAAAAUGUUACAACAUGUGUUGUGAAACUACUCCCGGUCAUGCCCUGCCAUGUCUCUCCAACAAGCACCUGCCACGUGAACCCUGUUACUCAUCUCUAACUUGUAGCAAUAUCACCUUGAAUCUGCUCAAAUGAUUGUUUUGUUAUCAUAAUAAAACUUUGAUGUAUUU